AUCUACCAUCAACAUCAACGACAACAUCGACACAAUGACGAACUGGCCCGAUGUUCCCGUCCAGCCCGCCCCGGGCGUCUCCUUCUACACGCCGGCGCAGACUGCCCCCGCGGGCACGGCGCGCAACCCUCAAAGCAGUGGAAAGCCCAUCCCGAAACUCUUCCAGCCCUUGACCAUCCGCGGUCAAACCUUCCAGAACCGACUAGGACUGGCACCCAUGUGCCAAUACAGCGCCGACGACGGCCACAUGACCCCGUGGCACACGACGCACUACGGAGGGAUCGCGCAGCGCGGCCCGGGGAUGAUGAUCAUCGAGGCCACGGGGGUCGUGCCGGAGGGCCGCAUCACGCCCGGCUGCGUCGGCCUGUGGAAGGACUCGCAGAUCGAGCCGAUCCGGCAGGUGAUCGAGUUCGCGCACAGCCAGGGCCAGAAGAUCGGCAUCCAGCUGGCGCACGCCGGCCGCAAGGCCUCCACGCUGCCCCCCUGGCUGGGCGGCGGGGUGGCCACCAACGCCGUCGGCGGCUGGACAGACAACGUCAAGGCCCCCAGCGCGAUUCCCUUCUCGGCUGACGGGAUCGUGCCCCAGGCGAUGACUUUGGCCGAGAUCGAGGAGCUCAAGCUGGCCUGGGUGGCGGCCACCCGGCGCGCCCUGGCCGCCGGCGCCGACUUCAUCGAGGUCCACGCCGCCCACGGCUACCUGCUCUCGAGCUUCCUCAGCCCCGCCUCGAACCAGCGCAGCGAUCGCUAUGGUGGCAGCUGGGAGAAUCGCGUCCGUCUACCGCUGGAGAUCGCGCAGCUCACGCGCGAGACGGUGGGUGCCGAUGUCCCGGUCUUCCUGCGGGUGUCGGCGACCGAUUGGGAUGAGAGCGAGGCCGGGUGGAAGGGGGACGAUACCGUCCGCUUCGCGGAGGCGCUGGCAGCGCAAGGCGCCGUGGAUUUGAUCGACAUCAGCAGCGGGGGCAUUUCGAGCGCCCAGAAGAUCAAGGGGGGCCCCGGGUUCCAGGUCCCCUUCGCCGCGGCGGUUAAGAAGGCGGUUGGCGAUCGGCUGCUCGUCGCGGCGGUCGGGAUGAUCAACAACGGGGUUCUGGCCGAGAAGAUCCUGAACGAGGAUAAUUUGGACGUUAUCCUGGUCGGACGAGCGUUCCAGCGCGACACCGGGCUGGCGUGGCACUUUGCCAAGGACUUGGACGUGGAGAUCGCCAUGGCCGCGCAGAUCCGCUGGGGGUUCACCAGCUUCCGCAAUGCGUCGGAGUACAUCCAGCCUAACUCGAUGAAGGCGUCGAUAUUCGAUUAA